AAAAAAAAACCGCAGUCUUGUCUUGACGUCAUGCGAAUGAUGGUUAUUUAGCAUACGUGAUUUGGUUAAUUGUGGUGCAUUUUGUGGAUUUUUAUUGAUGUGUUUACUUAAAUCGCAAGAAUGGAGACUGAAAGGAUGAUAGAAGAUACUAUAUCUCCACAGGUGACGUCAUUAACAUGUCUCGACACCGGUGUGAGGCCCGCGCCGAGCAGCGCCGCGUACGCGGCAGAGCGAGACAGCUGCUUAAACUUCUUCACAAGAUGGAACGAGACAGAUCAGGUGGAGUUUGUGGAGCAGCUGCUGGCACGCAUGUGCCACUACCAGCAUUGGCACAUCAACGCAUAUCUCAAACCGAUGCUGCAGAGGGAUUUUAUCAGUAUGCUGCCAAAAAAAGGCCUCGACCACGUUGCAGAGAACAUACUGUCGUAUCUGGACGCCGGUUCGCUGUGCGCGGCGGAGCUGGUCUGCCGCGAGUGGCAGCGGGUGAUAUCCGAAGGGAUGCUCUGGAAGAAGCUCGUGGAACGCAAAGUCCGGACGGAUUCUCUGUGGCGAGGGCUAGCGGAGAGGAGAGGAUGGAUACAAUACUUGUUCAAACCGAAGCCGGGUUGCCAGCAUCCGUCUCAUUCCUUCUACAGACAACUCUAUCCCAAGAUAAUACAGGACAUACGGUUAAUCGAGGACAAUUGGCGAAUGGGCAGACAUAACUUACAGAGGAUAAACUGCAGGUCGGAAAACUCGAAAGGCGUGUAUUGUUUACAAUAUGACGACAACAAAAUUGUGUCCGGCCUCCGGGAUAACACAAUCAAGAUCUGGGACAGGAAAACGUUACAGUGCGUUAAGGAGCUGCAGGGCCACACAGGCUCGGUGCUGUGCCUGCAGUACGACGAGCGCGCGAUCAUCUCGGGCUCCUCCGACAGCACCGUGCGCGUGUGGGACGUGGCCUCGGGCGCCAUGCUCAACACGCUCAUACACCACUGCGAGGCUGUGCUGCAUCUAAGGUUCUGCAACGGGAUGAUGGUCACGUGCAGUAAGGACAGAUCGAUAGCUGUGUGGGACAUGACUUCGACGACGGAGAUUCUCUUACGCCGCGUGUUGGUGGGACACCGCGCGGCCGUCAACGUCGUGGACUUCGACGAGAAGUAUAUUGUUAGCGCCAGCGGCGACCGGACUAUUAAAGUGUGGAACACGUCGUCGUGCGAGUUCGUGCGCACGCUGAACGGACACAAGCGCGGCAUCGCGUGCCUGCAGUACCGCGACCGGCUGGUGGUGUCCGGCUCCAGCGACAACACCAUCCGCCUGUGGGACAUCGAGUGCGGACAGUGCAUACGCGUGCUGGAGGGCCACGAGGAGCUCGUGCGCUGCAUACGAUUUGACAACAAACGCAUCGUGAGCGGCGCUUACGACGGCAAGAUCAAAGUGUGGGACUUGCCCGCGGCGCUCGACGUCCGCACGCCGCACCAGGACCUGUGCCUCAGGACGCUGGUGGAGCACACGGGGCGCGUGUUCCGGCUGCAGUUCGACGAGUUCCAGAUCGUGUCGUCCUCACACGACGAUACCAUCCUCGUGUGGGACUUCCUCAACCACAACCACAACCACAACCUCAACCUCAACCUCAACCACGGCGCCGCCGCGCCCGCGCCCGCGCCCGCGCUGCGCGCGCGCACGCCCGACCACGACCGGGAUCUCUACGACUAGGUAACAUGUGAACACAUAGACUGAUCGGAAACGAAGUUACGCGUAAAAUAAGCGUAACAGUGUGAUAGUGCGUAAAUACCUGUGACUGUGGAACAGAUAUGCGUGCGUAAUACCUGUUACUGUGGAACGGAUACGCGUAAUACCUGUUACUGUGGAACGGAUACGCGUAAUACCUGUUACUGUGGAACAGAUACGCGUAAUACCUGUUACUGUGGAACGGAUACGCGUAAUACCUUUUACUGUGGAACGGAUACGCGUAAUACCUGUUACUGUGGAACGGAUACGCGUAAUACCUGUUACUGUGGAACAGAUACGCGUAAUACCUGUUACUGUGGAACAGAUACGCGUAAUACCUGUUACUGUGGAACGGAUACGCGUAAAUACCUGUUACUGUGGAACGCGUAUCCGGAACAGCUUGGGUGCUGUGGUGCGGUCUAAAAGGAACUGUGCGGUAAUAUGGACUGAUUUGAAUUUUUUUAGCUGAAUAUAAAAAUAUUAUGUGAGUUGUCUUAAUAAAAAUCCGUGCAUAUCUAAUGCGUAUGCAGCACGAUUGUAUAUGAUUUUCGAUCUCUGUAGCCUAAUUAAUGGUUAUCACUCCGACAGACUCGACAGACUGCUAAACUGGAGUACCAACUCAAUCUGUGUGAUUUGUAUAUAUAUUUACUUACUAUAAUAUCAAACGCCACGUGUACACACGCGCAUACGUUAAAAGUUCGAUACAAUCGUGAUGCAAACGCGUUCGCGAACAGAAUAAAGGGUUUUCCAAACUCGGGACACUAUAUUAAAUCACCAUAUUAGUAUAAAUAUGAUAGCAAUCUGUAAAACAUAAUAAUAUUAAUAUUAUAUUUAAUAUAAAACGCGAUAAAUACGAAUUUAGUCUAUAAAUUUAGUGUCCUUUGUGCUGGUAACACUUGAUUUUUCUAUUGCUAAACAAAAUUGCAAUUGUCUAUACUCAAACUAGUCAAGUCGGGUACUUUUUUCAAAAUGUCAAAAACAAGAUUUUGUGACAGUGAGUUUUGUGACGUCGCGGAUAUUGGAGUCAAAAAGCAAUAUUCUAAUAUAAUUACUUUAACGAGACAGAAAAUAUAAUAAAUCUUGUAAUAAAACAAUUAUAGUGAAGUACUUUAAAUCUAAAGUAUGUUUUGUCUCGUUCUGUCAAUGUCAAAUAGUGUUGUAAUGACGAAACACGUAAAGUGUGAUAAUGACGAAACAUAUUUCAGCUUACAGUAAAGCUUCAACUCUUAUGAAAUUUCGUAAAGUUGAAAUACUUAUUUAGACUCCAAUCUCGUCCCAAAAUUAUAACGAAACGGAUAAGUUUAAUGCCUAAUUUUUUUUUAUGUUCUAUUAAGUGUUGCCAUCAAGGUUGUCUAUGUUUAAGGUCAUUAUUAUUCCGAAUUUCAUCUAAAUCGGCCUAGCUGUUUAGCCGUGAAAGCAUGGCAGAUAGACAAGACUAUAAUAUUAAUACGGAUAUGUCGAUGGGACGAGUCUCUAACGGGUUGAGUUAGGAAUGGGACGAGUUUUUUCAGAAGGGCGAAGUAGCGUACUGGACGAUUUAUUAACGGUACAAAUGUUUUAAGUGGGGCGAGUUGUGAACGGGACGAGCUAGUAAUGGGGCAAUUUUUUUUUAAGUGAGACCGGUUGGAUAAGCUCGAGUUACGAUUACGAAUGAGAAAAGUUUUCAUGUAGAUGGAACUUGUUUUUGGAAAACCCUUUACUAAACAUACAAAUAUUCCGAUUGGAAAUGUCUAGGCGCAGAAAGUCACUAUCGCAAAAUGUCAAUGUGAAAAUGUUACUAUUACAUACAAUGUGACUUUCUAAAACCUUUGCAAAACGACUGGCAACGCGUCGUCGACGCAGACACCGAGCAGAGCGCGACGGAGCAAUGAGGCCGCGCUAUAAUGUUACGAGAGUUUUGGGAGAUAUAUUAUACAUCGACUGACUAAAGCAGGGAAAACAUUUAAAUGAUUGAGGCUCUUUAAAUAAUGAUUUGCGAAAGUGAUUUUUUGUAUAAAGAUCAAAAUUAAUUUGUCAAUAUAGUGACUAUUCUACAGUAAAAAAUGUAUCACAAUAUUGGAUGUAGUUUUUGAGACUAUAACAGUAUGUAAUGUAUAUAUGUAUUGUGUUGUUACAGUUUUAUUCAUAAAUAUUUUCAACCACUUGUUAAAGCCUAAUUUUGUUACAAUGUGCUUUUUCUCUAUCUUACACACAUUGAAAGAAAGGGGACGAAAAUAUUUUAGAUAAACUAGAUUUAUUAAGCGGUUGAAAAUUAUGAAUAAGGUUUGAAUCCAGUCCGAUUUAUAAUUCAAUUAAACUGAGUAAUAUAGUUUAAACAUUACAUUUUGUUCCUUAUUAUUGUAAAUUAUUUAAAAAAAUAUUUCUAGUAAUUUUGAGAUAGAUAUGGCCUGAUUACGUUUUUUUAAAUCUGCAUAUUGUUUAAAGAAGCAAAAUAUUUAGUCCUUUUCAAUAUUUAUUAUAAACGAGACAAAACAUUUUAUAGCUACCAAUGUCCCACUGCUGGACAAGCCCCUCCCCUAACUUUCUCCACUCUUUUUCUUUAAUAAUACAUUUCACUAUUUUUUUUUUUAAACCAAUUAUUUUUUUUGUAAUAUAUGGGAUUGUGGGCCUAAACGCGUGGUGAGAAGACCCAUAUUGCGACCAAAAUUGUGUUGAAAAUAUUUAUAUGUAAAUAAUAUAAUAAAAAUCUAUGAUAUACAGAGUAACAUCAAUUCGGAAACAUAAGCUUCCAAGGAGGUUUUCUAUUUCAAAAAACACAUAAUUCUCAGAGCUACACACUUUCGAAAUGGCCGUUGUCUCAAUGAACGAGUGAAAGAGAUGACAAUAUUGCUGAAAAAAUCUUCUAAAUGGUUUUUUGAAUGACAAUUAUUAAUAAGAGUCUAAUUAUAUUAAUAAAUGAGUUUCUUUUAAUACAGAAAAAAUAGCUAAAUCAUAUUUAAUGUCAGUAAGAGAUUGAUUCUCAAAAUGUUUGACUACUGCAUCGUAUAACAAAUAUAUAUAUAAAUCUAACUGAUGUAUAUCUGCACAAACCGAGGGUCUAAAUAAGUCGAAAUGUUUCCUUUUAGUUUUUUUAGUCUGCCUGUAUUUUAAACGCGUAUGACGGAAAAUAGAAUGAACAGAUCUGAAUGAAAUUGCCACAGAGAUAGGCAUUUGUAUAGCAGAAGACUUCUAAUUCUGCAAAAAUAUGCGACUACUGUGGUUUAGAUUUUUACUAAUGCCUCUACCAUAUAGUUUUAUAUACGUAGUUAUGAUAAUUUAAUGCAAAGGUUUUCAUAUUUAGAUCGUUGAAAUGUUAACAGUUCUUUUUUAUUAAUAAUUUGAGUGCGCGUGCCUCGAUCUAACCAGAUGGCCAGACUAGGGUUACUUGUCAAAUAAUAUUAGCAGUAACAUAUAAAACUCUGUAUGUAACAAGACGGUGCAGUAGGCAUACACGUAAAUAUGUAUGUAAAUUAUAAAUGUUUUUAUUGUAAAUAUAUAACAUAUGCAUUGUGCUUUUGAGCUGACAAAAGACUGUAUGCAAGUAUUUAGAUGGUAAAUUAUUGUUUUUUUUUUUAUAAUAAUAAUUAUUAUUAUUAAAUUAGGCUGUCCCCAAAGCUGUGUCGUAAAGUUUGACACAACAGAUAAAUUAUUGCAAUUGUAGAAAUUCGCCUCCAGAUAAAUUAUUCUUGUUGCAGUCUUGAUAUGUCCGUAGACUUUUUGUGGACAAACGACCUAAGUCACUUCGUCACUUUUUCAAAUGUUUAACGGUGUAAAAUUGGUCACUUUCAUAUAUAUAUAUAUAUUGAGACUAGAUGUGUUGCCCGGGGCUUCGCUCUCGUGGGAAUUUUGUGAUAAAAUAUAGCCCUAUAGCAAUCUCGGAUAAUGUACCUUUCUGAUGGUGAAAUAUUUUUUAAAUCGGUUCGGGUUCGGUUAGUUUCGGAGAUUACUCGCCUCAAACAUACAAACUCACAAACGCUUACCUCUAUAAUAAUAGUAUAGAUAGAAAAGUGACCAAUAUUUGACGAUGACUACUUGCGAAUAUGACUAGAUGUAUAAAUAUGUGCCCUGUGUAUAAUGAUAAAAAAUUUACAAUAAUAAUAGUGUUUUCGGUGAAAUUAUAAAAUGGAACUUGCAGAAAAUGUGCAGAAAAUACAAUUCAAUUUUAUCUGUAUUAUAUUUAUUAGUUUGUAAAGAAAAUUGUAUAUUUUCGCUCUAUCUUUAAAGCACAGCGUUGGGGUAAGAUUAAUUAUUAACGCACCGAUGGUAACCAAUGUGAAAAUGCCCAUAGAAAUAUAUCCUCGUAAUUAUUUUCCUUUUUUUUUUAUUCUCUCACAAAACUACUUUUAUCGGCAACCUUGGGGAUGCAAGUUAUUUUGAUCCUUAUUGACAUCACUCACCAUAUACAUUAUAUAUGUUCCUAUAACGCAACCAAGCGGUCGGGUGUGGUCUAAAAUGAUGUCCAUAAGGGUCACAAUUGCAUGCACCCAUACAAAGAAUUGUGUCAAAUAAGCCAUGACCUUGGUAUAGCAGAGUAAAAUUCACUACAACUAUUUUGCUGGAUCGUAAGCAAGUCGUCCCAUUCGCAACUCGACCCAUUCGUAACUUGUUCCAUUCGCUAUACGAACCGUUUGUAUAGUUUAUUCACGCCUCGUCCUGUUCACAACAGGUCCCGUCGGCUAAGAACUUGCAAGUUUUGAUACCACUGGUUGCUAAGUGAUUCUAUUUUGAUGAAAUUUGUAACACGUUGAUGGAUGGCCUAAUGGUUUUUAGUUACGAAGCACUGGGUCAGUUGCGAAACGAAUGGGACUAGUUGAGAACGGGUCGAGUUGCGCAUGGGACGAGAGUUACGAAUUAAAGUACUUGAUAACGAUCCAAUAAGAUGAAUAUUUUUGACAUAAGGCAGUGGCCUAUGUCAAAAAUACAAACUCAAAACUGUUAGGGUUGCCAAAAGUGUGGAUUUAGUCUUUCAAAAUUGAUUGGAAAAUAUUUUUGUACAUUACAAUUUUUCUUGUGUUCAAAUUGUAAUAUUAUGUAAGUUUUCCAUAUAUAUUUAUCAUACAUACAUCGUGUUUUUAGACCAUAAUAUUCAAGAUCUGUAUAGCCAAUGUUCUAUAUCGAAAAAUAACAAAUUAUAGGUAUAAUUAAAUGUUGCAAACCGAACGCCA